AUGAACAAAUUAUACUUAAUAAUAUAUUUAAGCCUAUUACUUAUUGUACAAUGUACAGAUUAUAUUAAAUAUAACACAUUGAGUAAUAAACAAUGUAAAGAAUGUGGCUCAAAAAUACCAAGAUAUAUUACACAACCAGUAAAAAGUAAUAAUCAAUCUAAUAAUUUAUGCACAAUGAGUACUAAGUAUACAAAUAAUAAAAUUAAAAGGAAAAGGAAAGAAAUACAAGAUAAAAAUUUUAAAGAGGCGGAAGAGAGAAGAGACUACCAGAAACAACAGGAUAUAAUAAGAAAGAGAAUAAAGGAGUUAGAUAGAGAAAUGAAAGCAUUAAAUAUUAAGCAAAUGAAGAUAUCAAAAGAACUAGCAAAAGAGAGUUAUAAUAAGAAGAGGUAUCCGUAUAAUAUACCAAGACCAGGAGGUGUAAUAUAUAAUGGACGGAUUAAUCCAUUAAAUACAACAGAAAAUAAACCAAAAUAUAAUACAUAA